AUGGACGGUCGUCCUCUUAAAAGACAACGCAGAUCCAAGGAUUCAAAGCAAGAGCCGAAAAUAAAAUCACGAAAAGCCCCCGUCGUCAUCUCAGAUAGCUCUAGUCCUAUCGAACCUACAGAACCCUUUGCUCUCUCCUCGCGCCCAAAACCCUCCCACGGCACAACACCAUCAACCCGGCUCCCCUCGUCCUCACCUUCUCCAAACAAAAAGAAUAAAUCGUCACUAAACCCAGAAUCAAAAUCCAAGCCCUUGCACAGCUUCUUUCAGCCCGCAACAGAGGGACAACGAUGGGCACCCCCACCCCAGAAGAGCGCGAAGCAGUCACUCCCGCCGGUCAGGGAGACUGUCGACGUGGACCUGAUUGAGGAUGAUUACGACUCCUACGAUGAAAUCUUCACACAGCAUCUAGCCAAUGAGCGGGCGGCAACGGGUCUGGCGGCCAUGAGCUCCAGCCAGACGCGUCAGCCCGCGCCAAAGCCAGAAUCAAGGCCAAAGGCCCCUGUUAAACCGCCGCGGAAGACGACGAAACGGUUCCUUCUGCCUACGGACUCAGGGAAUGGUACUGCGAAGGAGCAAUUAGCUGCGCAGCCGGCUGGCGAACUGGACCGUCGACCAUGGGCUCAGCGGUUCGCUCCGGCCAACCUAGACGAAUUGGCCGUUCAUAAGAAAAAGGUCUCAGAUGUGCAGCACUGGCUGGAAGAUGCUUUUGCUGGGAGGCGUUCUGAGAGGUUACUCGUCCUACGGGGUCCGGCAGGCAGUGGGAAGACGACCACUGUGUCCCUGCUCUCCGAGUCACUUGGUUAUGACAUUGUCGAGUGGAAGAAUCCUCCUGUUUCGGAAUUUGGAGCUCGCGAUUAUCAGUCUGUGAGCGCGCACUUUGAAGAGUUUCUUGGACGCGGCGAUAAAUUUGGAGGGCUUGAUCUCGAAAAUACCAGCGAGCUCGAUCCCAAGAAAGAUAAGAGAUCUCGGGGCCAGAGGAUACUUCUUAUUGAGGAGUUUCCAACUGUGCUCGGCCGGGCGUCCUCCGCCCUUACGGCAUUUCGGACGUCUCUUCAACGAUAUUUGGCUGCUUCUAUGAAUGAUAAUACCCGGGGCAGUUCUGGAUUGAAUCACCCGCCCAUCGUGGUCAUCGUGUCGGAGACUUUGUUGGGAUCUGCGUCCUCAAUCUCGGAUAACCUGACAGUUCACCGGUUACUGGGGCCUAUGAUCUACAAUCACCCCGGAACAACAAUCUUGGAUUUCAACAGCAUUGCACCCACUUUUAUGCACAAGGCUUUGCGGUCUAUUUUGGACAGAGAGGCACGGAACUCCCGACGUGUCCAGAUACCUGGACCGGGUGUUAUAGACAGUAUAUCUGAAAUCGGCGAUAUCCGCAGUGCAAUAUCCUCUCUCGAGUUCCUCUGUCUCAAGGGGGACGAUACGGGGAGAUGGGGAGGUAGUGUGGCCAAAACAAAGAAAGCUCGAGGCGAGGUUGCUUUGACGGCGAUGGAGAAAGAGUCUCUCAAGAUGAUAACCCAGAGAGAGGCGAGUCUGGGCAUGUUCCACGCUGUUGGAAAGAUCGUGUACAACAAACGUAUGGACCCGAGUCUAAUAGAGGGGGAUGUUGAGAUCCUUCCCCCGCCACCAGAUUAUCUGCGCCACUAUGCCCGACCAAAAGCUUCGCAGGUAUUGGUCAAUGAUCUGGUCGACGAGACCGGGACGGACAUAUCAACAUUCAUUAGUGCUCUCCAUGAGAACUACAUCCCAUCCUGUGAUGGGGAUAAUUUCGCCGACUGUUUCAACGACUGCAUUGACGCACUCUCCGAUAGCGAUAUUCUCAGUGCCGACCACCGAUCAGGGCAAGGCGCACGGGCCGGGAUAGGAACUGGAACUACCUCUUUCGGCAGCGGUGUCGAUGUGCUCCGGCAGGAGGAAAUGAGCUUUCAAGUUGCGGCGCGUGGUCUUCUUUUUGCCCUUCCAUACCCGGUCAAGAGACGUAUUGGGUCUGGAACUGGACGAAGCCGCGCGGGUGAUGCGUUCAAGAUGUUUUAUCCGGCAUCUCUGCGGUUGUGGAGAGAGGCCGAGGAAAUCGACGGACUGAUCGACUCAUGGGUGAACCGAUCACUCGAUCCUUUUGGCCAGCAUAUUUCUCAAACUGGCUCUGAGCUCACGGGCAGCAGAAAGAUCACACUUCGAAUGUGA